AUGGCCACCUUCUUCAAUCUGAAAAAGGGCCGCGAUGAGCUAACCAACUGUGUGAGGCCGUUGAGGGCAGAAAAGCUCAAAAUUUUUCCUUUGGUCUUGGAUUGGACAGCUCACUUCGAGAUAUGGAGACCCUUCCGCAUCUGUUCAAGGAACUGCAGUGGGCCUUGCAAAAUGGAAGAUGAGGAAUGGGGAUCUUGGAAGAGCAAGUCCCUCAGGAAAGGGAAGAAUGAUGCAUUACUUCGCACUCUAUCGAAGCCAGAAGAGUGA